UAUUAUAUUUUCUUUUAUUUGAAAUAUCACAGUUUGACAAUGUCUGAUACUGAAAUACACCAUGUGGCCAAUGAGGCGCCACCGCAGCUCGAAGACGAUGACGCGGCGAAACUAGGAGAAGUCCGAGCAGGGUCAGAUGAACACGGAGGAUCUAGACGGAGUACAAGUGCAAGGCCGAAAUCCAAGGGGAACUUCUGCUGCAUAGCCAAGGAGUACUAUAGCGACUACUCCAACCUGAUUGAUUCGCUGCACAUCAUGCCUCGUCUGAUGAUUCACCAUCGUGGUUUCAAGAUCAACUCCACCUACGGCCUCACGCUCAACAUCAGGAACAGUGGACUGUAUCCCCGACUGAUCCAAGUGAGCACGGACAGCCCCGUGGACACAUCCAUCUCGAUUCCCGAGCUGGAUCUGCAUCGCUACCUGGAAACCGACAAGAUGCUAGAGGUGAAGAUCUGGAUCCGAUCCACCACCUGGCGUGAGAUCAACCGAAGACGCCACAUUUACGUCGAGUCCUUCCACCCGAACAUCAUCUUCCAAGUGCCCAUCAUUGUGUUGCUUAAGCUGGAGGAGCCCUCAUUAUGCGAGUUCUUGAGUCUUCCGCGCUGCGUCCCCAACAACAAGUCCUACUACGAGAUGAUCAUCUACAAUCCCACGGAUGAACGCAUCCGAAUGCGCUACAGAAACACCUGUCGGGGUCUGACUUUGAACACACUGAACAAGGAUCUGCUACCGCCAAAAGACUACGUCAAAGUACUUCUAGUAUUCCAUCCAGAGAAGCUGCAGAAGCUGAAAGGAUUCUUCAACAUUAAGUUCGGUGUGAUGGCUCCCAAAAUGAUAAUUUUCGACUUUACGGCCAAAUCGAUGGGCGUGCAUCUGAGUGGAGGCACCAUGUCCUUCGGCUUAACCAAGUUCUCCCGCGAGGAGCAGCGCACACUGACCGUGUGCAACGAGUCGCCACAUGAGGUGAUGAUGACCGGCAAUUUCGACGGGGACCAGAAUCAGGCAGCGUCUGCAACUCAGAGCAUUGUCUCCCAUUUUUCGAACAAACUGAUCGACGAGGCCAUCAGCAUGCACAGCGUCCUCGUCUUCGACUUUGAGGAGAAUGCCAACGUCCAGAACGUCAGCUAUAGUAUCACGGCCGCAAAGCACUUUGGAUUCGUGGUGCCACCCUCGAUUGCGGCCUGGUCGUCGGCGGAAAUCGUCGUCAACUUCAGACCCUUGUACGACAGCCUGGAUCCUUUCUCGGACGAUGCCGAGCCGCCGUACUUCCAGCGCACCCGUCUCAACUUUUGUUUCACCGACGCCGAAGACUGCAUCGAGUCGCACUUUAUUGUUGUAUCCGGAGAGAUAAGCGGCAUCGAGGUGGAGGUGUAUCCGAAGGUGAUUGACUUCCGCAAGAUCUAUCUGGGGGAGGAGCACUGCUCUCAAAUCAAGAUCCUCAAUGUGGAUGCUGUGCCCGCCAAAGUGGCGUACAAGGACACUCUGGAGCCUGAUAUGGGCGGGGUGCGCAUGACGCCCAUCGAGGGAUUUUGUCUGGAGCCCUGCUGCCGGGGCAUCUUCAACCUCUCCUUCUAUACCGUUCAUCCCGCCCGUUUCACGAUCACGCUGCGCUUUAAGGUGGUGAAUGGAGGCCAUCACAAGGUCCAAAUCAAAGGCACUGGGCAGCAUGUCCAGCUGCGCACCUUCCCACAGAUUGUCGAAUUCGGCAGUAUACCCAUGGCUGUCCCCCAGAAGCGGUAUAUGCUGCUCAUGAAUCCGCUGGCGGUGCCUAUUACCCUGCAGGUGAAGCCCAGCGACGAUGGGGAGGAGCAGCCGCUGGUGCUGAACAUUCGCGACUCAACGGAGAUGUUACCCAUCACUGUACGGGAUCCCAUCAAGCACCUCCAACGAGCCCACGAGGACAUGAGAAACGAUUCCCUAGAGUUCGACGACAUCAAACUGACGACAAUUAUCCCGGAUAUGCUGUCUCUGAAGUCCCUCCACAUCAAUGAGUCCUCGUACAGCAUGGAGUUCGAGGAGGAUGUGAUGGAGCCAGUUCCGAUGCUGGCCUCCCACCUGCUGACGAACCUGAAGAGGCAGAAGAUUUUCGACAAGACGGAGACGGACAAGCGGGUGAUCCAGGAGGCGCUGCAUGGACUCCUCAACACCAAGUACUUCUCCAUCUUCACCAAGCACAACAACUUUAUUUUCAUGGACUGGAACGCGAUACCCAGUGACCCGCGCGAGAUCUACUGCGACAACGAGAUCAUCUACCUGCGUCCCAACACGGGACGCACCAUCACCAUCCUGCUGAUACCCAAUCAGGUGGGGUAUUUCCAUCGCGCCCUCACCGUCCGCAUCUGCCCGUCUGUGCUAUCCAAUUCAGGUUCCAGCGAGGAUCAACAGAGCGUGAAGACGCUCAUCAAGUCGGACUUUCUCUGCUCGAAGCUCUGGUUCGAGUACAACUGCGUAACCCCGGAGAUAGAGUGGAACAAUCUGGUGGAUCUCUCGUCCAGGAUUGUGUAUGCGGGCGAGGAGUACGACUUUGACAUGGGCUUCUACAACAGGUCGACCACCGGUGGUUUUCUUCACUUUGAUGUCAUACCAAAUGAGAUGAGUUUUCGGGAUGGAACCUGGAAGUUCUACAUUGGUUCAGUUUCACGCAUCAUGGCCAAAUGCGCGGUCAGCUUUCGCUCUCUGGGCAACACUCGGCUCACGGGUCUGGUCAAGAUUGUGGGAGCCUCUCGUCCCUAUGCCUUCCAUCUGUUUGCCAACGUUCUGCCCACUGAGAUACGGAUCACACCCACCUAUGUGCACCGCCGCCUGCAGACCUAUGAGCUGCACAAGGUCCACUUUUAUAUAGACAACUACACGCCCACCAACACAAAGCUGACGAUGAAAUUGAAGGACGUCACCUUUCAGUAUCUGACAGCAAGGGGCGGAGUACUUGCCUCGACGGGACAGAGCAUGUACACCACGCUGGUGGCGAUAUUCCCCGAUCCAGAUCUCUAUCAGAACAUCCUCUAUGUGGACCUGCAGUUCGACCACGUGAUGGAGAUACCCAUCACGUUCCUGGUCGAGGGAGUGCCGCUGUACUUUGAGCCAAACAUCAGAGAGGGCUUGGAUGCGGGGCUGCUCUACACGGACACCAAGGAGCAGUUCCAUAAGAACAUCUACAACCACCGCUUCCCAGUGAAGGUGAUCAAUAAGGGCUUCCGCUCCUACCGCGUCACCGUCACCCGCUUGAAGACCUACACACAGCCUAAAGGACGAAUUUCGUCGUGCGCCUCGCAGGCACUGACGGCCCGUUUCGACAUUAUGCCCAAGCACCUGUAUCUGCCACCGGGAUGCGAGGAGGGCAUGGAGAUAAUGACCAGCUCCUGUCAGGAGGGCGUCGUUCUCAGCGACUUUCUGCUGCAGGUCACCGACCAGAAGUAUCCGCAACGCAAGUACACCAUAAAGGUGACGGCCAAGGCCACAUUCAUCGAAUGCCAGCUGGUUUGGAGCCGCAAGCAGGUGCUCUUCGAGUACCAGCGCUGCGAUCCGCUGAAGGAGCGGUCCAACGUCCAGACCCCCGAGCUGAUCAACAAGCAGUCGGUGCCCAUCGCCGAGGUUAGGCUCCAGGCCACAGGACCCUUCCGAAUUAAGGGCCUUUACGAGGACUUGUUCGAAAAGGAGAUCCUCGUGCCCAUAGAGGCGAUUCAGCACAAGGAUAUCUUCAUCAUCCUCAACAGGGCAGCCAUGAAGCAGUUGUUCUGCAAGCAGGUUGAGGGCCGCAUUAGCGUCUGGGCCCUGGGGCGACAGCUGAAUCCGCUAUGCCUGAAGGUUUCCAUACGGGUGCCGGCCGUGCUCAUCAUACAGCCCGAGAUGGUGCUCUUCGACCGGGGCACGCCCUUCGACAGUAACGUGAAUCUUGUCAAUCAGGGCUGCCUGCGGGCCGAGUUCAAAUGGAAGCGGCUUGAGACAUCCGAGCUGUUCGUGGGAGACAUUGAUGAUCCGCAGGACCUGGUAGCCGACUUCCUCUCGGAGAUACUGCGCAUGCUCGAGUACAACUUCAGCUGUGAGGAUGAGCCCAACAUGACCCUCCGCUACCAGCAGUGCCGCUGCCAAUUCUACCACCACUCGGAGGCGAGCGACAUCAUCUUAGAGAUACUCGAUGAGAUCGUCAACGACCUGGAUCUCAGCCAUCACCCCCUGGCAUUCCCAGGGAAGGCCCCUUCCGAAGAAGCCACUGCCCUGGAGCUGCACAGCACCUCGAGCUUCGUGCGUGCCACCAUCUACGAUCUGCUCGGCAGAAUCAACGUCGAGUCCAGCGACAGGCUGUCGCCCGCCUCCUCGGAGUACUGUUUCGCCGAGCGCUUUAUCUACUUCCACGAGAAACAGGGCGAGGUGGCGGUGCCCGAAGUGCAGCCGGACCACCAGUGCCUGCUGCACUUGCCCCACAUCCGGCGCUCCCACGAGUUGCGGGCCCUCUUCGAGCUCAAGGUGGUGGGUGGUCGCAGCCAGUACUUGUCCGUCACAUUGGUCAAUCUCGUACAGAAGAUCAAGUUCCACAAGGAAAGCGUUUAUCUAGGGAUUAAGCCGUGGUACGAAAAUUUUCAUGCGUUGGUUCGUGUCGCGAAUGUGACCAAGUACCAUCUCCAACUGAUGAUCGUGGAGGUGACGCCGGUAGGGUCACAGGAGAAGCGUCUCAUCGAGGGCUACAGCACGCUAGCCAGCAGCGAUUUCAUUCACCUCGAACCUCUGGCUAGCGACCAGAUGCGGGUCAAGGGUAUCCUUGGCUUUAGCGAGAGCUUCUGCCACACCUUCGGGGUGCUAAUCAACAGCAGUGCCUCGAGCCACUUCUGGCUGCGUGGCCAGGGGGUGAUGCCCAUGUUGGACGCGGAUUCGAAGCUACCGGCGGAUCACCAGGCGGAGCAGGAUAUCGUGGAAGAAUAUCGCCUGCUGCAGCGCAUCUACUACUACGAGAUAUUCAAGAGCAUCACCGAGACGGAUGGGGAGCUGGCUGCAGUUGAUUGCGAGGAGGAGGGGGGCAUUCAGGAGGAAGUCAUAUCCGAGGAUUUCAUUCAGCUGUCGGAGACCGAGGAUGAAAUGUCCAGUGCGCGACAGCGCUACCACGACACGCAGCUGUUCAAAAUGGUGCAGACCUACGUGCUGGUCAACAACAACCAGGAGCUGCCACACGCCACCAUCCUCAAGCAGAUGCUUCUUGGCGAGCGCUACCGCAGCCGCCUUCGGGACAGCGCCGAGCUGUACGCCAAGCACCAAGAGGUCUACCACAGCCACAAAAAAAUGCAUAAGGCAGGCAGCUACAAGCUGCCACCGAAUGUCAAGUACUUUACUGUCCAGCCCAUUCCGUGCCAACAGAGGGGCCACAUCCUGGACCUUGGCCAGCUCAACCGCAACACCCUGCGCCGCUUUGAGCUACAGCUGCACUUCUUCGGCCCAGGGAAACUGAUAGCCGCCGCCCGCACUGCUGUCCGCAUACCCGGACUCUUUGUGGACUUUAGCAUCACUUUCGAACAGCACGCUGAUAAAAAAUUCUCGUUCUGGUCCGAAAAGUGCACGACCCUUGAGUACUUCAAGAAGAAAUAUCGAAACAUGGUGGAGCGCCUGGUGGACGCCCAGGAUCCCAAUCUGAUGCAUUCACACUCCUUCGACCUAGACCGCCUGUUGAUUCAUCAGCGAACUCUGACGGGCAAAGAUCGCCACUUAAUGGAGGAAUACUACAACAGCCUCAAUUACUCGGUGUAUCCCGACCACAAGCACCACUUCACCCUGGCCAAGGUAUACUCUGCCAGUCAGUCGAAUUACUCCGGUGUCGAUGUCCGAAUCGUUGGAUACUUCAAGCCCGAGUCGCGUCACUACGAAAAGAAUCAGCUAGUCGAGGACUACAUAUACAUAGACCUUCACAUGGGUCCUACACUUCCUAUCCUGAUGCAAGGCCAUAUCGCCACUUGACAUAUUGCUAUAUAUUUGUGAAUGUUUGUGUUGAUUAUUGUAUUGGGUUUAUAUGUGCAGUAAUUAAAGUCCU